CACAAUUGCCUCUUAUUAAACCCUCCUGCUCUAGAUUUUCUGUCUCUCUUUAUAACACUCUACACUACUUGCUCUUCCUUGGGAGAUAGCAUUCUCCCACUGGUUCCUUACAAGAUACUAAUCCUGUGCGGUUAUUUAGAUCAUAGUUCUCAUCUCAGAUCCUUAACCACUAACAUCCUUAAAAGAGGCCACAUAACAUAUUUGUGGUGUUGGGUCUGGAUUUGGCAACACAGGAUGAUCAUUUUUGCCCCAUCAGGCCAGUUAGGUCCACAUAUUGGCAGGGCUGCAGGGUUGCAAAGUAUCUAAACCAUCACCUAUCUGCCCUCAGUAUUCCCUUUGAAGGCCAUGCACGUAGAUCUAGUGCAGAGUCAAAACUGACAGUGCUUUGCCCAGGCACCCAGGAGGGUGGGCUCCUGCCACUGCACUCUGAGGAAGAAAUGCAUAGAACACACGCAUCAUAGAUAGCACCAUUGUGUGCUCAGAGCAUGUCACUGUGGUGGUGCUAGCAGGGCUGUGCUGCUGCUACUUGCUGAAGUACAGUUCACUUCACACUGAACUGGUUGUGCUCUCCUGCUUUUUAGAUACAAGAGUUGCCUUUUUUUUCUUUAAUUAUAGAAUUUGAGAGUCAGAUAUCAGUUAAAGGGAAGGGAAGAGAGGGAAGAAGGUUCGUGGGCUACCCUAGGCUCCAAUAAUGGAGGAAGAAAUCAACUAUGAUUCCCAGACAAUGAACAUCCCCAGAAGGAGACGCUGGUACACUCACCUGUGGCGUUCAUGUCUGGGUCUUAGAUGCAUGCAUCCUCAGAAAAAGAAGAAAUAUCCCCUCUACUUGAUUGGCUAUGAUCCUAUAGGCCCAUUACAACGAGCGGCCAGCGUGGGUGACCUUGAUACAACAGAGAAGUUAAUCCACUCCAGUCAACAUCAUGUGGAUGAAUCUGAUAGGAGGAAAAGGACUUCGCUGCAUUAUGCAUGUGCCCACAACCAUCCAGACGUGGUGACACUAUUAUUAGAAAAUAAUUCCAGCAUUAACAUCCGGGAUGAUGAAGGCUGCACACCCUUGAUUAAGGCCACCCAACGAGACAAUGUGGAUUGUGCUUCCGUAUUGCUCACCCACAAUGCAGAUCCAAAUCUGAUAGAUUCCAGUGGGAACACAGCCUUCCACCAUGCUAUAUCCAGGGGUAACAUAAGGAUUGUAAAAAUGCUCCUUGAGCACAACGUAGACAUUGAAGCCAAAACAGAGUAUGGCUUGACACCAUUGCAACUUGCAACAUUUGAACAGAAACCUGAAAUGGUAGAAUUUUUAGCAGCAAAGUGUGCAAAAAGCUCAGUGACCCCCUCCUGGUCACCCAGUCCCACAGUCUCUCCCUGCCCCUCCUCCACUUCACCUCUGAGCAGUUUGGGACUCCCUGUAUGUCCAAACCCUGGCACUUCGUCUCUCUCUGAGGACAGAAAAAGUAGCUCAGCUAGAAGAAUAAAACUGAGUACUGGAUCGUCAGCUCAGAGAACUGAAGUGAAGCAUGUCAGGUUCAAUGAAGGUAAGGUUUUUAUAGUGAAUAUAAAUAUGGUAUAUAGUAGCCAGUCCUAUUACCCUAAAGAAGAGUAGAGAUUAAGCUUCUUUCCCACUGAGUCCAGAAAAGGCAGCUCAACUAGCAGAAAGGAAUCCAAAUGCAGACAACAGUGUGAAGCGGUCCUCCCUUCAGUUUAUAGAGAACCCACAUGAAGACCAAGCUGCACAUCUGCUACAUAUGGGGAGGGGGUCUAUGUGCAGCCCAUGCAUGCUCUUUGAUUGGUGGUUCAAUCUCUGUGAGCCCUCAUGGGCCCAGGCUACUUGAUUGUGUAGGUUUUCUUGUGGUGUCCCUGACCCCUCAGUCACAAUGUUCUCCUUUGAGUUCAAUGUCCUUCCCCAACUCUUCCACAAGACUCUCCAAACUCCCCUUGAUGUUUGUCUGUGGUUCUGUACAUUUGUUUCCGUCCUCUGCUGGAUGAAGCCUCUUAGAAGUGUUAUCCUAGGCUCCUGUCUACAAGCAUAGCAGAACAUCAUUAAUGGUGUCAAAGCCUGGCUCUCUCCCACAGUGUGGGUCUCAAAUUGGGCCAGUUAUUGGGUGGCGAUUCCCUUAAUCUCUGUUCCAUUGUAAUCCCUGAAUAUCUUGUAGGUAGGAUAAAUUUUGGGUUGAUGUUUUUGUGAGGGCAUUGGUAUUCCCCUCCUUCCACUGGAAGUCCCUUCUGGCUACAGGAGAAGAUUGCUUAGGGCUCCAUAUCACCUGCUGCUAGUUGACUCACCCCUAUAGAUUCCUAAGAGCCCCCACAGUCCCUGGUCUUUGUUUCAUCACAGAGGUGCCUCUCCUCAGGUAUCUCUUCUCCCUGAUACCACCCUACUCUUGCUCCCCACCUUAGUUCCCUCUCCAUCUCCCACAAAUUUCCCUCCCUAAAUCAAAUCCUAAUGUCUAUUUUAUUUUCCCUUCUGAGUGAGAAUCAAGCAUUUUCCUUUUUUGCCCUCGUGUUUUAGCUUCUUUAAGUCUGUGGAUCUUAGCAUGAUUAUCCUGUACUAUGUCUGAAAAAGUACUCAUUCUAAGUGAGUACAUACCAUGCCUGUGUUUCUGGGUUUGGAUUACAUCACUCCAGAUGAUAUUUUCAAAGCCUACCCAUUUGCCUGCAAAUUUCAUGGAUUCCUUGUUUUAAGCAGUGGAAUGAUAUUUCACUGUGUAGGUAUACCACAUUUUCUUCAUCUAUUUUUCAGUUAAAGUCCAUCUUGGUUGUUUCCUGUUUCUGGCUAUGACAAAUAAAGGUUUUAUUAACAGAGUUGAGCAACAGUUAUUGAGAUGGUAUGGUGGAACAUCUUUUGGGUAUAUGCCCAUGAGUGAUAUAGCUGUGUCUUGAGGUAGAACUAUUCCUAAUUUUCAGAAAACAACAACAACAACAGCAACAAAACCUGCCAAAUUACUUUUCUUUUUUUUUUCUUUUUUUUUAUACUUAAGAAUCUAAUUUUAUAUUAUCAUUUUAUUUAUUUAUUAUUACGUAUUUUCCUCAAUUACAUUUAGAAUGCUAUCCCAAAAUUCCCCCAUACCCUCCCCACCACUUCCCUAUCCACCCAUUCCCAUUUUUUGGCCCUGGCAUUCCCCUGUACAGGGGCAUAUAACGUUUGUGUGUCCAAUGGGCCUCUCUUUCCAGUGAUGGCCGACCAGGCCAUCUUUUGAUACAUAUGCAGCUAGAGUCAAGAGCUCCAGGGUACUAGUUAGUUCAUAAUGUUGUUGCACCUACAGGGUUGCAGACCUCUUUAGCUCCUCGGAUACUUUCUCUAACUCAUCCAUUGGGGGCCCUGUGCUCCAUCCAAUAGCUGACUGUGAGCAUCCACUUAUGUGUUUGCUAGGCCCUGGCCUAGUCUCACAAGAGACAGCUAUAUCAGGGUCCUUUCAGCCAACGCUUGCUAGUGUAUGCAAUGGUGUCAUCGUUUGGAGGCUAAUUAGGGGAUGGAUCCCUGGAUAUGGCAGUCUCUAGAUGGUCCAUCCUUUUGUCUCAGCUCCAAACAUUGUCUCUGUGACUCCUUCCAUGGGUGAUUGUUUCCAAUUCUAAGAAGGUGCAAAGUGUCCACACUUUGGUCUUCGUUCUUCUUCAGUUUCAUGUGUUUUGCAAAUUGUAUCUUAUAUCUCGAGUAUACUAAGUUUCUGGGCUAAUAUCCACUUAUCAGUGAGUACAUAUCAUUUGAGUUCUUUUGUGAUUAUGUUACCUCACUCAGGAUGAUGCCCUCCAGGUCCAUCCAUUUGCCUAGGAAUUUCAGAAAUUCAUUCUUAUUAAUAGCUGAGUAGUACUCCAUUGUGUAAAUGUACCACAUUUUUUGUAUCCAUUCCUCUGUUGAGGGGCAUCUGGGUACUUUCCAGCUUCUGGCUAUUAUAAAUAAGGCUGCUAUGAACAUAGUGGAGCAUGUGUCCUUCUUACCGGUUGGAACAUCUUCUGGAUAUAUGCCCAGGAGAGGUAUUGCACUAUGCUCCGGUAGUACUAUGUCCAAUUUUCUGAGGAACUGCCAGACUGAUUUCCAGAGUGGUAGUACAAGCUUGCAAUCCCACCAACAAAGGAGGAGUGUUCCUCUUUCUCCACAUCCACGCCAGCAUCUGCUGUCACCUGAAUUUUUGAUCUUAGCCAUUCUGACUGGUGUGAGAUGGAAUCUCAGGGUUGUUUUGAUUUGCAUUUCUCUGAUGAUUAAGGAUGCUGAGCAUUUUUUCAGGUGCUUCUCAGCCAUUCAGUAUUCCUCAGGUGAGAAUUCUUUGUUCAGCUCUGAGUUCCAUUUUUUAAUGGGGUUAUUUGAUUUUCUGGAGUCCACCUUCUUGAGUUCUUUAUAUAUAUUGGAUAUUAGUCCCCUAUCUGAUUUAGGAGAGGUAAAGGUCCUUUCCCAAUCUGUUGGUGGCCUUUUUGUCUUAUUGAUGGUGUCUUUUGCCUUACAGAAGCUUUGCAGUUUCAUGAGGUCCCAUUUGUCAAUUCUCGAUCUUAUAGCACAAGCCUGUUCUAUUCAGAAAUUUUUCCCCUGUGGCCAUAUCUUCAAGGCUUUUCCCCACUUUCUCCUCUAUAAGUUUCAGUGUCUCUGGUUUUAUGUGGAGUUCCUUGAUCCACUUAGAUUUGACCUUAGUACAAGGAGAUAGGAAUGGAUCGAUUUGCAUUCUUCUACAUGUUAACAACCAGUUGUCCCAGCACCAUUUCUUGAAAAUGCUGUCUUUCUUCUACUUGAUGGUUUUAGCUCCCUUGUCGAAGAUCAAGUGACCAUAGGUGUGUGGGUUCAUUUCUGGGUAUUCAAUUCUAUUCCAUUGGUCUACUUGUCUGUCUCUAUACCAGUACCAUGCAGUUUUUUAUCACAGUUGCUCUGUAGUAAAGCUUUAGGUUAGGCAUGGUGAUUCCACCAGAGGUUCUUUCAUCCUUGAGAAGAGUUUUUGCUAUCCUAGUUUUUUUGUUAUUCCAGAUGAAUUUGCAGAUUCCUCUUUCUGAUUCGUUGAUAAUUGAGUUGGAAUUUUGAUGGGGAUUGCUUUGAAUCUGUAGAUUGCUUUUGGCAAGAUAACCAUUUUUACAAUGUUGAUCCUGCCAAUCCAUGAGUAUGGGAGAUCUUUCCAUCUUCUGAGAUCUUCUUUAAUUUCUUUCUUCAGGGACUUGCAGUUCUUAUCAUACAGAUCUUUCAUUUCCUUAGUUAGAGUCACGCCAAGGUAUUUUAUAUUAAUUGUGACUACUGAGAAGGGUGUUGUUUCCCUAAUUUCUUUCUCAGCCUAUUUAUCCUUUGUGUAGAGAAAGGCCAUUGACUUUUUUGAGUUAAUUUUAUAUCCAGCUACUUCACCGAAGCUGUUUAUCAGUUUUAGGCGUUCUCUGGUGGAAUUUUUAGGGUCACUUAUAUAUACUAUCAUAUCAUCUGCAAAGAGUGAUAUUUUGACUUCAUCUUUUCCAAUUUGUAUCCACUUGAUCUCCUUUUGUUGUCGAAUCACUCUGGCUAGGACUUCAAGUACUAUGUUGAAGAGGUAGGGAGAAAGUGGGCAGCCUUGUCUAGUCCCUGAUUUUAGUGGGAUUGCUUCUAGCUUCUCACCAUUUACUUUGAUGUUGGUUACUGGUUUGCUGUAGAUUGCUUUUAUCAUGUUUAAGUGUGGGCCUUGAAUUCCUGAUCUUUCCAAGACUUUUAUCAUGAAUGGGUGUUGGAUCUUGUCAAAUGCUUUUUCUGCAUCUAACGAGAUGAUCAUGUGGUUUUUGUCUUUGAAUUUGUUUUUAUAAUGGAUUACGUUGAUGGAUUUCUGUAUAUUAAACCAUCCCUGGAUCCCUGGAAUAAAACCUACUUGGUCAGGAUGGAUGAUUGCUUUAAUGUGUUCUUAGAUUCAGUCAGCGAGAAUUUUAUUGAGUAUUUUUACAUCGAUAUUCAUAAGGGAAAUUGGUCUGAAGUUCUCUAUCUUUGUUGGAUCUUUCUGUGGUUUAGGUAUCAGAGUAAUUGUGGCUUCAUAGAAUGAGUUGGGUAGAGUAUCUUCUACUUCUAUUUUGUGGAAUAGUUUGUGCAGAACUGGAUUAGAUCUUCUUUAAAGGUCUGAUAGAACUCUGCACUAAACCCAUCUGGUCCUGGGCUUUUUUUUUUUUUUUGCUGGGAGACUAUUAAUGACUGCUUCUAUUUCUUUAGGGGUUAUGGGUCUGUUUAUAUCGGUAACUUGAUCCUGAUUUAAUUUUGGUACCUGGUAUCUGUCUAGAAAUUUGUCCAUUUCUUCCAGGUUUUCCAGUUUUGUUGGGUAUAGCCUUUUGUAGAAGGAGCUGAUGGUGUUUUAGAUUUCUUCAGGAUCUGUUGUUAUGUCUCCCUUUUCAUUUUCAUUUCUGAUUUUGUUAAUUAGGAUGCUGUCCCUGUGCCCUCUAGUGAGUCUAGCUAAGGGUUUAUCUAUCUUGUUGAUUUUCUCAAAGAACCAACUCCUCAUUUGAUUAAUUCUUUGAAUAGUUCUUCUUGUUUACACUUGGUUGAUUUCGCCCUUGCGUUCUGAUGAUGGUGAGUGGUCUUGAUUUCUGUUAGUAGGAUUCUUUCGUUUGCCUUUCGCCAUCUGGUAUUCUCUGGAGCUAGUUGUUAUAGUUGUCUCUGGUUAGAGCUUGUUCCUCAGGUGAUUAUUUUAGCCUAUAUCAGCAGAUCUGGGAGACUAGCUCUAUCCUUAGUUUCAGUGGUCAGAGUACUCUCUGCAGGCAAGCUCUCCUCUUGCAUUGCAGGUGUCCAGAUAUCUGUUGUUCGAAACUGCCUCCUGGCAGGAGUUGUGUUCCACUCAUCAGAAGUCUUAAGAUCCCAUGGAGGGUCCUGUGAGGACCUUGGGGGUGUCUAGAAACUCCGCGCACAAGGAACUCCACUGCUGGAGUGAACCGGAAGGGACUUGUGCCCCUGAUCAGGCCGGGUUAUCUCCUUCCUUAAUUAAUGCAGUCUCAGGUCCCGAGCGAUUGGAUUGGAGCAGACACUGUGUUCCACUCACCAGAGGUCUUAGGAUCCCAUGGGGAAUCCUGUGUGGUUCCUUGGGGGUGUCCCCCAAAUUACUUUUCAAAAGGGGUUGUAAACAUGUGCCCUCCCACCAGCAAUAGAAGAGUGUUCCCCUUGCCCAAUAUUCUUACCAGCUUGUGCUGUCACUCCAGGUUUUGAUUUUAGCCAUUCUGACUGGUGUAAGGUGGAUUCUUCGAGUCCUUCUGAUUUUCAUUUCACUGAGGACUGAAGACUUUGAACUUUCAGGUGUUUCUCAAACUUCUGAGAUUCCUCUGUUGAAUUCUCUGUUUAGCUAUUUACCCCAUUUUUAAAUUGAUUUAUGAGUUUCUAACUUCUUGUGUUCUUUAUAUAUUUUGGACUUUAGUUCUCUCUCAAGUGUAGGGUUGGUGGGUAUCUUUUCCCAAUAUGUAGGCUUCCAUUUUUUCCUAUUGACAAUGUCCUUUGUCUUGCAGAAGUUUUUCAGUUUCAUGAGUCCCUAUGUUUCAAGUAUUGAUCUUAGAGCCUGAGACAUUGGUGUUCUGUUCAGAAAAUUGUCUACUGAACCAAUGUAUCAAGGAUAUUUCCCACCUUGUCUCCUAGCAAAUUUAGUGUAUCUGGUUUAGUGGUCUAGAGGUCUUUGGUGCCUGUGAACUCAAGUUUUGUGCUGGGGGAUAAAUAUAGGUCUAUAUGCAUUCAUCCUCUUGUAGACGUCCAGUUAGACCUGCAACAUUUGUUGAAGAUAUUUUCUUUCUUUUUUUCCAUUGUAUGACUUUUAUGUCAAAAUCAAGUGUUGGUGGGUGUGUGACUUAUUUCUGGGUCUUCGAUUUGAUUCCACAGACCAACUUGUUCAUUUCCAUAGGUAUACCAUGCAGUUUUUAUUCUGAUUGCUCUGUGGUAUGUCUUGAGACUAGGUAUGAUGAUACAUCCAGGAAUUAUUUUAUUAUAUAUAGUCAUCUUGCAUUUUUUGUUUUUGAUAGGAAGCUAAGAAUUGCUGUUUCUCAUUCUGUAAGUAAUUGUGUUGGAAUUUUGGUGGGAAAUGUACUUGGUGGGAAGAUGGUUUUGGUAAAGUGGCUAUUUUCACCAUGUUAAUCCUGUCCAUCCAUGAGCACAGGAGAUCUUUCCAUCUUCAGAUGUUUUCUUCAACUUCUUUUUCAGGGAAUUGAAGUUUUUGGUAGACAUGUCUUUCAGUAGGUUGGUUAGAGUUAUACUGAGAUAUUUUAGAUCAUCUGUGGCUAUUGUGAAAGGUUUCAUUUCUUGUCCCUUUUAUCUUUUGUAUAAAGGAGGGCUACUGAUUUCUUUGGGUCAAUUUUUUUUAUUCAGUCAUUUUGCUGUAGGUGUUUAUCACCUUUGGUGUAGGCAUUCUUUGGUAGAUUGUUUGAGGUCUCUUAUGUAUGUGGGCAGCGUUGUUUAGUCUCUUACGUUUCUCUCCAUUUAAGUUGUUGGCUAUUGACUUGUCAUAUUUUGGUUAGAUGUGCAAAUUUUAUCACUGAAAUCUCCAAGACUUUCAACAUGAAGGGGUGUUUGAUUUUAUCAAAGUUUUUUUUUUUCACCAUGCAAUGUGACAAGCAUGUGAAUUAUGUCCCAAACCCCAACCCCUGCCACCUGCGGAUAUCCCUUCAUUCUCAUGGACAUCAGGUCAUCUCCCCUGUGUCUCCGUACAUCUGAUACUGAAACACCCCAUUUCCCUGACCAUCCCCACUCCCACCUAGUUCUCUCCUUCCAUUUUGCUCCUAUGACUAUUUUAUUCUCUGUUCUAAGUCAGGUUCAAACAACUUUGUUUGGUCCUUACCCCUUGUUUAUCUCCUUUUUGUCUGUGGAAUAUGGUAUGGUUAUCCUGUAAUUUAUUACUAAUAUCCAUUUAUAAGUGAAUACAAACCAUCCAUGUUUCGGAUCUGGGUUACUUCAUUCAGGAUGAUAAUCUCAAGUUCUAUCCUUCUGCCUGCAAAAUUCAUUAUGUCUUUACUAUUAAUAGUUGAAUAGAAUUUCAUUGUAUACACAUACCACAUUCUCUUUUGCCAUUUUUAAAGAAUAAUUUUUAUUUUUAAAAUUCUAUGUGCACAUGUGACCCUUGAAGCCAGAGGAAGGCAUUCUCCUAGAGUUGGAGUUUUAGAGACAGUACUGAGAACUGAACUGCAGUCCUCUGGAAGAGCACUGGGUGUGCUUAACUGUUGAGCUGUGUCUCCGGACUACAAUUCUUAUAUAUUUUUUUAAUUUAAUCUAAUUGUUUUCAGUCAUUCACAUUAUUUUUUGAAUUUACUUAUUUAUUUUCUUUAUCUGCAUUUCAAACUUUAUCCUCUUUCCUCAUUUCCCCUCCACCACCACCACCACCACCCCAAUCCCAUCCCUCCUCCCCCUGCCCACUAACCCACCGACUACUGCUUCCCUGUCCUGGCAUUCCCCUACACUGGGGCCCAUCACAAGCCCAAGGGCCUCUCCUCUCCUUGAUGUCCCACAAGUCCAUUCUCUGUUACAUAUGCGGCUGGAGCCAUGAGUCCCACCAUGUGUACUAUUUGGUUGGUGGUUUAGUCCCUGGGAGCUCUGGAGUUACUGGUUGGUUCAUAUUGUUGUUCCUCCUAUGGAGCUGCCAACUCCUUCAGCUCCUUGUGUCCUUUCUUAGCUCCUCCAUUGGAGACCCUGUGCUCAGUCCAAUGGUUGGUUGUGUGCAUUUACCUCUGUAUUUGUCAGACACUGCAGAGCCUCUCAGGAGGCAGCUCUAUCAGGCUCCUGUCAGCAAGCACUUGUUGGCAUCCACAAUAGUGUCUGGGUUUGGUAAUUGUAUAUGGGCUGGAUUCCCUGAUGGGACAGUAACUGGAUGGCGUUUCCUUCAGGUUCUGCUCCAAACAUUGUCUCUGUAUCUCCUCCCGUGGGUAUUUUGAUCCCUCUUCUAAGAAGAACUGAAGUAGUCACACUGUGGUCUUCAUUCUUCUUGAGCUUCAUGUAUUCUGUGAAUUGUAUCUUGGGUAUUCUGAACUUCUAGGCUAAUAUCCAAUUAUCAGUGAGUACAUACCAUGUGUGUUCUUUUGUGAUUGGGUUACCUCACUCAGGAUAAUAUUUACUAGUUCCAUUCAUUUGACUAAGAACUUCAUGAAUUCACCCUUUUUAAUGGCUGAGUAGUAGUCCAUUGUGUAAAUGUACCACACUUUGUGUAUCCAUUUCUCUUUUGAACGACAUCUGGGUUCUUUCCAGCUUCUGACUACUAUAAAUAAGGCUGCUAUGAAUGUAAUGGAGAAUGUGUCCCUAUUAUGAGUUGGAGCAUCUUCUGGGUAUAUACACAGGAGUGAUAUUGCUGAGUCCUCUGAUUAGUACUAUGUCCAAUUUUCUGAGGAAUCACCAAACUGAUUUCCAGAGUGUGUGUACCAGUUUUCAAUCCCACCAGCAAUGGUGGAAUGUUCCUCUUUCUUCACAUCCUCACCAACAACUGCUCUCCCCUGAGUUUCUGAUCUUAGCCAUUCUGAAUGGUUCUCAGGAGUCUAACAUCUUGAGUUCUUAGUAUACAUUGGAUACUAGCCCUCUAUCAGCUGUAGAAUUAGUAAAGAUCUUUUCCCAAUCUGUUGAUUGCUGUUUUGUCCUAUUGACAGUGUCUUUUGCCUUACAGAAGCUUAGCAAUUUUAUGAGGUCCCAUUUGUCAAUUCUCAAACUUACAGCACAAGCCAUUGCUGUCCUAUUGAGGAAUUUUUUCCCCCUGUGCCCAUAUCUUCGAUGCUUUUCCCCACUUUCUCCUCUAUAAGUUUCAGUGUCUCUGGUUUUAUGUGGAGUUCCUUGAUCCACUUAGACUUGAGGAGAUAAGGAGAUUAGAAUGGAUCAAUUUGCAUUUUUCUACAUGAUAAGAGCCAGUUGUGCCAGCACCAUUUGUUGAAAAUGCUGUCUUUUUUCCACUGGAUGGUUUUAGCUCCAAUGUCAAAGAUCCAGUGGCCAUAGGUGUUUGGGUUCAUUUCUAGGUCUUUAGUUCUAUUCCAUUGGUCUACCUGUCUGUCGCUAUCCCAGUACCAGGCAGUUUUUAUCACAAUUGUUCUGUAGUACAGCUUUAGGUCAGGCAUGGUGAUUCCACCAGAGAUUCUUUUAUCACUGAGAAGACUUUUUGCUAUCCUAGGUUUUUUGUUAUUCUAGGUGAAUUUGCAAAUUGCUUUUUCUAACUCAGUGAAGAUUUCAGUUGGAAUUUUGAUGGGGAUUGCAUUGAAUCUGUAGAUUGCUUUAGGCAGGAUAGCCAUUUUGACUAUAUUAAUCCUGCCAAUGAGCAUGGUAGAUCUCUCCAUCUUCUGGGAUUUAUCAUCCUUUGAAGGACUGGAUUUAUGGAAUCAUAUUCUGUAAAUGUGGUUUUGUCAUGGAAUACCUUGGUUUCUCAAUCUAUGGGAAUUGAGAUUUUUAUUGGGUAUUGUACCCUGGGCUGGCAUUUGUGUUCUCUUAGGGUCUAUAUGACAUAAGCCCAGGAUCUUGUGGCUUUCAUAUUCUUUGGCGAGAAGUCUGGUGUAAUUCUGAUAGUUAUGCAUUUAUAUAUUACUUGACCAUUUUCCCUUACUGCUUUUAAUAUUCUUUCUUUGUUUUAUGCAUUUGGUGUUUUGAUUAUUAUAUGACAGGUGGAAUUUUUUUUUCUGGUCCAAUCUACUUGGAGUUCUGUAGGCUUCUUGUAUGUCCAUGGUCAUCUCUUUCUUUUGAUUAAGUAAGUUUUCUUCUAUAGUUUUGUUGAAGAUAUUUACUGGCCCUUUAAAUUGGGGGUCUUCACUCUAUUCUAUACCUAUUAUCCUUAUGUGUGGUCUUCUCAUUUUUUCCUGGAUUUCCUGGAUGUUUUGGCUUAGGAGUUUUGUUGUUGUUGUUGUUGUUGUUGUUGUUGUUGUUGUUGUUGUUUUGUUUUGCAUUUUGCAUUGUCUUUGACUGUUGUGUUAAUGAUUUCUAUGGUCUUCUGCACCUGAGAUUCUCCCUUCUAUCUCUUGUAUUUUGUUGGUGAUGCUUGCAUCUAUAACUCCUGACCUCUUUCCUAGGUUUUCUAUCUCCAGAGCUGUCUCCCUUUGUGGUAUCUUUUUUUGUUUCUACUUCUAUUUUUGGAUCCUGGGUGGUUUUGUUCAAUUCCUUUGCCUGUUUGUUUGUUUCCAUGUAAUGAUUUAAGGGAAUUUUGUGUUUUUUCUUUAAGUUCUUUUACCUGUUUUCCGAUGUUCUCUUGUAUUUCUUUAAGGGACUUAUUUAUUUCCUCCUGAAAGUCCUCUAACAGCAUCCUGAGAUGUGAUUUUCAAUCCAAAUCUUGCUUUUCCGGUAUGUUGGGGUAUCCAGGACUUGCUCUUGUGUGAGAACUGGAUCCUGAUGAUGCCAUGUAGCCUUUUUUCUGUUGGUUAGGUACUUGGGCUUGCCUUUUGCCAUCUGGUUAUCUGGGGUGUUAGUUGGUCUUGCUGUCUCUGGGUUGAGCUUGUCCCUCCUGUGGGCCUGUAAGUCUGUGUCAGCACUUCUGGGAGACCAGCUCACCCUGGCAGGGCCCAUGCACAGAGGGCUGUGGAACAGCCCCAGCUCCUGGGUGCAGAUGGAGGCAGAAAGAACACUGUCUCAUCUGUUCUACUGCUUGUGCACUGCUAGCUUUGUGGCCCUCAAACCCCAUUAGCACCUUUAAAAGUGGGAUUUAAGUUGUAAAUGUGGGGAUUCAGAAUUGAGAAGUCAUCUUGGUGUGUUUUUCUUUGAUGAGUGUGAAAUAUCCUUCCCUAUCUCUUUUGAUUCAUUUUGGUUGAAAGUCUCUUUUAUUUAGAUAUUACAAUUGCUCCUUAGCUUUCAUCCUGAGUACCUUUUCUUGGGAAAACUUUUUACAGUCCUUCAUUCUUAGGUAAUAUCUCUGUAUGUUUGCCAAGGUAUGUUUCUUGCAUGAAGCAGAAUGAUAGAUGCUGACUUCAUAUCCAGUCUGUCAGCUUAUAUCUUUUUAUUGUGGAAAAUGACUUUACUGGUGUUGAGAGCUACCAAUAACCAAUGAUUGUUAAUUCCUGUUAUUUUGAUGUAUGUGGAGGGAAGAUGAUUAUGUGUUGAGAACACCAAUGAAGUUGGUGUUUUGUAAGCUUUUUCUACGUUAUUAGGCAUUCUUUCUUUAGUUUGGGUGAAUUUUCUUUUAUGAUUUUGUUGAAAAUAUUUCCUUGUCCUUCGAGCUGGUAGUCUCUUGACUUGUUGUUUAUUCCCAUUAUUCAUAAAAAGAUUUUUUUAGAGUGUCACAGAUUACCUGAAUACUUUGAGUCAGAAAUUGUUUUAGGUUUAACAUUUUCUUUUGUUAUAUCAUCUAUGCCUGAGAUCAUCUCUUCCAUUAUUUUUGCUCUGUUGGCUGUGCUUCUGUCUCUGUUGUCCUUCUUAGGUUUUCCAUGUCCAAAGUUCCCUGAGUUUGUAUUUUCUUUACUGCUUCAUUUACCAUUUGCAGAUAUUAGAUUGUUUUAUUCAUUUUCUUCACCUGUUUGAUUCUAUUUUCCUGUAUAUUUAAGGGAUUUAUUAUUUUCCCCAUUUAAAGGCCUCUAUCAUCUUCAUAAGACUGGAUUUAAAGACAUUUUACUGUGCUUUGAUUGUGUUAGGAUAUCCAGAGCUUGCUAUAGUAGAAUACCUGGGCUGUGGAUAUGUCAUAUUGAUUUAGUUCUCUUUGAUUGUGUUCUUAUGUUGGCCUUUAGCCAACUGGUUAUCCCGGGUAGUUUCUGUCACAGGCGUCCUGAGGUGGGCUACCUUUGCCUGGACAUUGGAAAUCAGGUGACAGUGUAUGUCUCCAGGAAACUGGGCAGAGCAGUGGAUGUUCCUGCUGCAGCAGGCCUGCUUAAUGUGGGUUUAAUUGUAGCCAAAGACUGGCACUCAGGGGAGAACAUCUUUAAGAUCAGCUCUGGACUUUACUCUUUUUAGGGGAGGGGUUGAGACACGGUCUCACUAAAUAUAGCUCUGUUUGUCCAGGGA